AUGUUGGGGGAACUGCUAUUUCUUCUGAGGAGUUCCCAUGGGUUUCUUGCUUCUUCUGGCAGCAUAGGAGCAGUCUUGGCUUGGCUGAUAAGCUUUAAGCCAAUCUUGUUUGGCUUCCUCUUCCUUCUGCUAUUGCUCAGCAACUGGCUAGUUAAAUAUGAAUUUAAUCAGGGUCCCUUCCAGACCCAGAAGGAGGUACAGAUAGCAUUGGCUCCGGACGUCAACCUCAAGGACAUCUCCAUGAACAAGAAAGAUCUGCAGAAGAUGAGCGCUUGCUUCGCUCUCCAGAAUAAGCUGCUUGAGCGGCUGUUGUUCAGUGAGAUGAAGCUGAAGGACUUGGAAAGCCAGAUGUUAGUCAUAUGGAAUAAGAUGAAUCGCCGCCACCGGUGGAACAGCAGGCACAGGAACUUCUCCAGGAGGAGGCACAGGACAAGGAGGAAUGACUCCACUUGCUCCACCAUCUCUAACUGUACCACCUUUACCCCCACUGAAUGUGACUGA